AUAUAAACUUAACCACAUGACGCUGAAUGAAACGUAUAUUAAAUGCAUCUACUGUAAAUAUAAAAUAUAACCUUUUUAAAGUAUAAAAAUUGUUUAACCUUCGGACUGCUUGGCAAAGAAGUUUAUAUGAUGAACCUAACCUAGUUUUAAAACUGCAAAAUGAAUAAUAAAGACACAUAAGAACUUCCUAAAACUUUAAAGAAAGAUAAAAAAAACUAACCCAAAACGCAUCGUUCGCCCGCCGCACCACGUUUAACCAGCAUAAAUGUUCCCGUGGCGGCGACGACGGCGGUGCGUACAACAAAUGCAACAAACACGUCUGUUAUUGCAAUUAAAAUGUCGGACGUUGAAAGAGCGCGAAACGCAACGAAGACAACAGCAAACACAGCGUCGACAACAGAAACAACCAAACAAACAACAACAACAAACAGUGAGCAACUACAAUAUAAGCACUCCACCUCAGCAACAACAACAGCAACACCAGGAGCAGCAGCAGCCGCAGCGGUGAAAUUACAACACCAACAACUCUAUCACAAUCAACUUUAUCAUCAGCAACAACAACAGCAAAUAUAUAGUAAACCAACAACACACUAUAACUACAAUAGCAGCACAACAGUUGCACAACAACAACCACAAUAUCAGUUGAUCACCACCGCUGGUGGCGAAUUUGGCAACGGUGCGGACGAUAGCUCCAUCUUUGGCAGCUGUUUCGGUUUCUUGCUGAAAGUACUAUUCUCACCGCCCGGUUUGGUGGCGCUGGUUGUUGGCUACUCCAUGCUGGGGGCUUGUAUAUUUCCACUACUUGAGGCGCCACAGGACAUUAAUACCUCGGCGGCGAUUGCGAAGAGUCGAGAGGAGUGUCUGCGCGAACUGUGGAUUAUAACGGAAAAACUCAACGUCUUGUACGAGCGCAAUUGGUCCACGUUGGUACACGAACAGUUGCGUCGCUUUGAAGAUUCGAUUGUGGCAGCCACACGUCAUACGAAUAACAGUAGUUACAGCAUCGGUAUGUUUGGCGGCAGUUCAACAGCGUUGCGGCGCUAUGGCAGCACUUUCGAUGCGUCCACAGACGCCAUGUUGGCGCCAACACAUUGGAGUUUCGGCGAGGCGCUGCUCUACUCAGUCACUGUGAUAACGACAAUUGGUCAUGGCAGCUUAACGCCACGCACUGCCGCUGGUAAAAUCGCCACCAUUCUGUAUGCCCUAAUCGGUGUGCCGCUCAUGUUGAUGUGCCUCUCCAGUUUGGGUGCGCUGCUGGCGGAGGCGUUACAAUGUACCUAUGCGCGUAUCUGCUGUCGGCUAACGCGUCAUCAGCACCACCAUACACAUCAUCAGCACAGCCACCAUCACAAUCAUCACCACCAGCACCAGCAACAGCAGCACAAACAUGAGAAGUGCCACAGUGAGAAGGAGAAACAGCCGCCGCCGCAUGAUCUCUAUCAACAGCAAACGCAUCACCUGCAAGUGACCGGCGAGAAGAGUGGGCAUUUGCUCGAGGCGUCAGCUGGUUCAAUGGGCGUGAGCGGUGGCGCUAGUAAAUAUGCGAGGCGUUGCAGUGCUGACAGUUUGGACAAUGAUGUGCUCCUGAAGCGUGGACUGAGCGGUUGUCAGCAGGAAAAGGGACAAGAGUUGGACUGCAAAAACUGUAAAUACGACGCUUUAAUUACGGAAAGAAAUCUGAGCAGUGGUUACGACUACAGCAAUAGCGGUACUAUGGGCGAUUCUGGAGAUGACUCCUGUCGGCUGCUGCACAAUUCACCGGCGAAAUUAAAUCAAAAUCAAAUGUUGACGGGAGCGAAAAUCAAUGCGCACUACUUUCAACAGCAGCAACAGCAACCACAGCUACAACAACAACACCAACAACAACGUCCGGAUGUUAUGCUAAUGGCAACAACAGCAACGGCAGCGUCAAAAUCAAUACAACAACAAUAUCAGCAACUUUAUAGCCGCUCGGCCACACCAUCACCGCAACAUUUUCAACAUCAGCAGCAGCAACAACAACAACCACAACAGCAGCAACAUACCUUGCAAACAUUCCACAUCGUAUCGGCCGGCACAUCGCCCACACAACAAGGCCAACAACAACAACAACUGCCAACAUUGCGUCAAUACGCAACACUGCAACCGCACCAACAUAAACCACAGCAGCAACAACAACAACAAUAUGUUGCCGUGCCCAGCGGCGCAUUGGUGCGCUUUCAAACAACAACAACAACACCGGCCACAUCAGGCGUCGCCUCAGCGCUGAAUGGCAAUAGCAAUAAUUGCACAACCGACGGCAAUGGCAAUGUUGGCAUCGGUGUUGGUGCCACACUCAUCGCCACCGGCAUGUCGGGCAAUUGUUAUCAAUCGGCGAAUGUGUCCGUGCCCGGAGGCACGGCGACGGCCACAAUUUACUUUCCAAUUGCCACAGCAGCGCAUCCACAACAACAACAACAGCAACAGUCCGGCUAUACGUCCGUUGCAUCUGCAGCAACAACAACAAGCAAUGAUGCAACAGCAAUGAGUGGCUCCGGCUUGGGAUCGGGCACCAGCUCGGCAGCCACAACGCAAUUGCUUUGCAAUCAGCCGAUUGUGAAAUAUCACACCAUACAGCUAACGCAUGCCACGCGAAAGCAACAACAACAACAACAGCAGCACCAACAACCGCAACAGCAAACAACCUUGAUGGGCAGCGCGGCUGAUGUGCUGCCACUGCCGCCACCGCCGGCAUACCAAACGGCAACGGUGCACGGCAUACGUCGAGCGAAAUUCCUCACAAAACCGCUGCCACCGGAGAUCAGCACAUUAGUAGCCGGUGAGCGCGAUUUAACCUGCCGGCAUGAUUUAUUAUUACAACAAAGCGGUUCGAGUAGUGGUAGCAACAAUGCAACAACAACACCAACACAAUCGUCUAUAUAUGCCGGCACAACAACAACAGCAACAUCGAAUGCAACAACGAUUGCAAUGUUGACAGCUGGAUUGACAGCAACAGCGGCGGCAUGUAGCGGUAAUCCACCAACAACAACAGCAACUGCAGCAGCAGCAACAACAGCCAACAACACACAAAUGGGCACAUUAAUGUCCGGCACAUCGUCCAUGGUCGGUUCGAAUGCCACUGUCGAUAUAAUGGAGGAUGAGGAAGAGCACGAACAGCAACGAUUGGGCAACUGCCCACACGGCACGCCAUCACGUGUACCACUCAUCUCUGGCAGCAGCGGCGCUACCAAUGCACACAGCACCAUUGGCAAUACAGACGAAGAACAGCGGGGCGCGCGUAGUCUCUUCAAUGCCACUGCAGCCUCCUUCCACCGGCACACGCUAAACACCUUCCAACGCAAUGCAGCGGCACGUAAAUCAACCACAUAUGCCGCAACACGACGCGCCGGCUGCAACAUGCAUGCAGCGAGCCACCGAAGUGGGAAGUCGAACAGCUGUUACGGCGACACAGCCACCGAGACUUCCGACGACGAGGACAAGGAGGCGGCGUACAUGCAACGUGAGGCGACAGCUGGCGAACAAUUUCGACUGACAAAGCUCAACAAAGGCACCAAAAACACCAAGCCAGAGGAGCAUUCCGCCUACUGUGAUACCGACGCAACCGCCGAUGAGGCUGAGGACGAUGAGACCGGCUCGAAUGCCGACGCUGAGGUGGAGGAGGCCGGCGCACAGGUGCCCAUCAGCAUUGUGCUGCUCAUACUCAUCUGCUACAUUUGCUUGGGCACUGUGAUUUUCGCCUUCUGGGAGAAUUGGUCUAUUGUGGAUGGCGCCUACUUCUGCUUUGUCACACUGACCACCAUCGGCUAUGGCGACUUCAUGCCAGAGCGCACUUUCCACGGACCGCACGUGCAGCUUUUCGCUUGUUGCGCGUAUCUGCUGCUAGGCCUGGUCUUGGUUGCCAUGUCGUUCAGCAUACUCGAGACGCAGCUCAUGUGGAAGUGCAAACGGAUUGCGGUGCGACUGAAGUUGGCCAAUGAUUGAUAGUGGCGGCGCUUGUUGGCUCGUCGCAGUAGCGCCAGUGCGGUGGCGCAGUUUUUGUAGAAUGUAAGCGGAGGAAGAAAAACAAAAAAAAGACAUAAAAGUAAGAUAGCAAGUAUGCGAAGUAGUAGGUAAAUUAACAGGGAAAGCGUAUAAAUUAUAAUCUAGUCACUCUCACAAAGACUUAGGCUAAGUAGCGGUUAAUUAGUGUUUAGUUGAGCGCUGUAAAUAUUUUUGUUGUAAGAAAGCAUACGAAUAUGAAGUGUAAAUAAAGCUUUAGUUAAGCGUCUUACCUAUGUAUGCUGGUAUACCGUUAGCUUAGCAAAGAAAGCUGAAUAUGACAUAAGUCUCUUAGUUUUCUGCUAAAAGUGUAGUAUAUGGAAUUUUGUACAAAACUAAGCUUCCUCGUAGUUAUUGAAAGCUGACUAAGCUCCAUGGAGGUUAUAAUAUUUAGAAAAAUAAAUUUAUUUAAGGCAGUCCACAGCUCCAGGGGACCAUUUUGGUAACUAAUUUAAAGCUUUAUAUCCGAAACAAAACAAUUUUUGAAACUGCUGAAUUAGGCAGAAUAGCUUUAUUUUUGAUCAAAUUUAGCCUAUUUCCCUAUGUUCCAACCUCGUCGAAUUAUCUUGACUUCCAGUCAUACUGUUAACGUCGAUGGUGAAACUCCGCUAACUCUAUGUAAUGUAACCGAGAUAUCGAAUAUUGGAAAAUCUGUUUCAUAAGCAGCUUCUGCGAUAACACCCAUUGACAAAGGUGAUCCGAGAUUUACUUUUAACCGGUUAAUGAAGAAUCUUAAAUAUAAAUCUCGACGGUCUAUACUGAAACUGAGUAUAUUUUUAGCAUGGAAAAUAUGGUAAGACAAAUCGAUCAUCCCUUGACAAGAGUUUACGGUUGUCUUAAGACUUAAUUACCAGACUUAUUUAACAUAAAGCUCUAAAAGUUAUUUUCCGUACUGUUCAAAAGUUUCCAAUUUCUACAAAGAUCGUUUUAAAUAAACUUUCGCACUGAUUUUGACAGACCUCUCAUGAAUCUUUCAUUCCUUGGAAUUUGGAAUGUGAUUGUGAAGGCCUACUUUCCUCAGUCUUAUAGCAGAUGAAAAUUACUCUUAUCUUGGCCGUUCAAACGAGAGUCGGGGUUAACGUAAGGAGGUUGCAGCUUCAGCUUUUCAGGUUUUAUAUGGUAUAUAAAGAACCAUAUCUAUUUCUCAGUAACUAUACAAUGUUGAUUACAAUUUAUAUUUUAUUUAUAAUUUCUUUAAUUUCCUCAUUUUAUAAAAUAUAUUAUUUAUCAAAUGCGCUAAAUCUAUGAAUAAAUAUGUGGAUGUUAGCAUUUAGAAAAUAUGCAAAAAAUAUAGACAAAUAUGUAUUAAAUCAAAUCGUAAACUUAAUCCAAAUCUAAUAUGUACAUAAUAAUAAAAAUUUAAUAAAUAAAAAAAUGUAGAUAUAUAAAUGUGUAUGUAGCUAAGUAUUAUUAAGAGAAGCGCAAUAUUGAAUAAAAUAUCACAAUAAGAUAUGUAUAAGUAAAAGAAAGUUGUAGAGCAAAUACGAAACAAUUGUCUAUUAAUAAAAAAAAUUUAAAUAAAUACAAUAAUUAUGACAAUGCCGCAAGUGAAAAGUACAUAGCAUAAAUUAAGAAGUAAAGUUAAUAAUAUUACUAAUAUAAUAACAAUAAUAAUAGUAUUGAUAUAUAAAACAAAAACAAUUUCGUUGUAUAGUAAUACCACCCAAAAAUAC